GGAUGAGCCGCAGCGCGCCGCCGUCCGCCCGCACGUGUGGCCGCGCAGCGCCGGGACGCGGCCGCGAUGUCCGUGUCAGUGGCUGCCAGCAACCUGCCCAUGCGGCUGCUCCGCAGGAAGAUUCACAAACGCAACCUGAAGCUGCGGCAGCGCAACCUGAAGCUGCGAGCUGCCGACGGGGCAGGUGAGGCAGCAUCGCAGGCUCUCCCGGAGGAGGAGGUGGAGGAGGCGGUGACGGCCCCUGAGGUAGAAGCGACAGCCGCCGGAGCGGCCUCGGAGGGUGCGGAGAGUGGCGGCCCCCGCGGCGGGGAGGAGAGGAAGAGGAAGAAGAAGAAGAGGAAAGCGGCGGCUACUGUGGAAGGUGAUGCAGAAACUAAGAAAGCAAAAACUGAAGCAGCUGAACCUGUGGAGGUAGAAGAUGAAGAUAAGGAGGAUUCUGGAGAGAAAGAAGUGGAAGAGGAGGAGGAUGAAGUGCCCAGUUUACCGCUAGGCCUCACAGGUGCUUUUGAAGACAAUUCUUUUACUUCUCUGGCUGGUCUUGUCAGUGAGAAUACACUGAAAGGCAUAAAUGACAUGGGUUUUACACACAUGACUGAAAUUCAGCAUAAAAGUAUCAAGCCACUUUUGGAAGGCAGGGAUAUUUUAGCGGCUGCAAAAACAGGCAGUGGCAAAACACUCGCGUUUCUUAUUCCUGCAGUAGAACUCAUCUACAAGCUAAAAUUCAUGCCUAGAAACGGAACGGGUGUUAUCAUUCUUUCUCCUACUCGUGAGCUCGCUAUGCAAACCUACGGAGUUCUUAAAGAACUCAUGAAUCACCAUGUGCACACCUAUGGUCUGAUAAUGGGGGGUAGCAACAGAUCAGCAGAAGCCCAGAAACUUGGAAAUGGCAUCAACAUCAUUGUAGCAACACCAGGAAGACUGCUGGAUCAUAUGCAGAACACUCCAGGUUUCAUGUACAAGAACUUGCAGUGUUUGGUAAUUGAUGAGGCGGAUCGUAUCUUGGAGGUUGGAUUUGAAGAGGAAAUGAAACAGAUCAUAAAACUUCUACCAAAGCGCAGACAGACGAUGCUUUUUUCUGCCACACAAACCAGAAAGGUUGAAGAUCUGGCAAAGAUCUCUCUGAAGAAAGAGCCACUGUAUGUUGGGGUUGAUGAUAACAAGGAGACAGCAACAGUAGAUGGUCUCGAACAGGGGUAUGUGGUGUGUCCAUCUGAAAAAAGGUUCCUUUUGCUGUUCACAUUCCUCAAGAAGAACCGGAAGAAGAAACUAAUGGUGUUUUUUUCUUCAUGUAUGUCAGUGAAGUACCACUAUGAAUUACUCAACUAUAUUGAUCUGCCUGUUUUGGCCAUUCAUGGCAAACAGAAACAAACGAAACGUACUACAACAUUUUUCCAGUUCUGUAAUGCAGAAUCUGGAAUACUGUUGUGCACUGAUGUAGCUGCCAGGGGAUUGGAUAUUCCUGAAGUUGAUUGGAUUGUCCAGUACGACCCUCCAGAUGAUCCAAAAGAAUAUAUUCAUCGUGUUGGUAGAACUGCCAGAGGCAUAAAUGGUCGAGGACAUGCUCUGCUCAUUUUACGACCAGAAGAACUGGGCUUUCUUCGUUACCUAAAACAAGCCAGGGUACCACUAAGUGAAUUUGAAUUUUCUUGGUCGAAAAUUUCAGACAUCCAGUCUCAGCUGGAAAAACUGAUCGAGAAGAACUACUUCCUUCACAAGUCAGCCCAGGAAGCAUACAAAGCUUAUAUUAGAGCUUAUGACUCCCAUUCUCUGAAGCAGAUCUAUGAUGUCAAUAACUUGGAUCUUCCCAAAGUCAGCCUUUCAUUUGGGUUUAAAGUUCCUCCGUUUGUUGACCUCAAUGUCAGCAGCAACCGUGGCCGAAGACUACAGAAGAGAGGUGGAGGUGGAGGUUUUGGUUACCAGAAAUCAAAGAGUGUCCACAAAGCUAAAAUCUUCAAGCACAUUAGCAGGAAAUCAGACAAUCGUCAGUUUUCUCGUUAAUCAUACAGUCAUUGAAAUGACUUGCAGCAUUGGAAUAGACAACCUAGAUCAAAACCAGCUGGCAGUUACUUCCCAUUUAAAGUGCUGUAUUCGUGGGGUUUAUGGUUUUGUUUCUGGAAAUGUAUUUUAUCUUUCAGUUCAGGAAGAUUCUUUGGAAGGGUGACUAAAGAAGGAAAGGGAGAAUACAGCCAGUGAAUUUCACCAUACACGUUGUAAAGAAGAAGACAGUUGAAUUACCUUAGGUCAAUACUAUAGAGGGUUUUUUUUAUUAAAGAAAGAAAAAAUACUCUCAGGUUUUAUAAAGAA